AUGGGUACGGAAACACAAUCAUAUACAUUCCCGAAAUGGGGGGACCUGCCACGGAUUCCCAACACCCCGCAAGGCUGUCUCUGGGGCUUUUACGACCGCCAGGGCAAAAAGGACGAAGUAGGUGCAAUCAAUCUCCUCACUUCCGCCGUGGUCAGAGAGGCCAGCAAAGAAAUCCAGACGGGACAGCACGUCCAACUGGACUGGGAGCUACAUAAUCAGCAGUUCCCGGGUUACAAUCGCAAACCCUUUGACCACAGGAUCAUCGACCACAAGCCCCUCGGGAUAUGUGGCUUCGACGACGAAAUCCACAUGAAUACGCAGAGCGGGUCGCAAUGGGACGGACUGAAACAUGACGGCUACGGCAACGGUCACAAUGUCUUCUACAACGGCCUGACAUAUGAGGAAGCGUGUCGGUCAACCACAAACGGAACACAUAGUGUCCUGGGCAGAAAUGAUCAACCGAUUGACACACAAGUCCAACAGGUGCGAUUUUACGAGAGAAGGGACGGGCGCGCCCCAGAUCCGUGGACGCGGUAUGAGAUCCCCCUGGGCGACAUCCAGGCCGCGCUCGAGGAUCAAGGCACGACACCCCGUCAGGGCGACAUCCUGAUGAUCCGGUCAGGCUACGUGAAGCGGCACAACGAAUCGACCUCGCAAGAGCGGGAAGCCUGCACUUUCGGCAUCGGCAAGCCGGCCAUUGGGAUCGCCGCGGACGAGGAAACCGUUGCGUGGAUGUACGACCAGCACUUUGCGGCCCAUGUCGGCGACACCGUGGCGUUUGAGGCGUGGCCACCGUCCCCGGCGAGGGAGUACAGCUUCCAUAACUGGUCGCUGGUCUGGUGGGGGACGCCGCUGGGCGAGCUCUGGGACUUGGAAGGUCUGGCUGGGACUUGUGAACGGCAUGGUCGGUGGUCCUUCUUCUUCACCAGCGCUCCUCUGCACGUCAAGGGUGGGGUGGCAAGUCCUCCGUGCGGGAUUGCCAUAUUCUGA